AUGUCUUUGUCAAUUUCAAGCAAUCCUACAGUGAAGCAUAAGAGUUACCAUUUAGAAACUCUUCAAGGCAGCCCAGUUAGAAUACCGGGUUACUAUUCCACAGUGUUGCCCGGCACGCAAUACAUGGAUGUCUUCAGGAGCACUCAGAACACCUUCCACCCCCUAAAGUCGUUAGGACAGCUUGUUACUGACACCAGUGCAGUUAUACCUUUUAAUUUCAACGCAACUCCAUCCUUCCUCAACCACCACCAGACCCCAACUCUGCACGAGCAGAUCUACAGCAUGUUACCAUCAAGGCUGCCAUUCCAUAACAAGCUACAGCCUGGUAUCCACAACCACAUCUGCCCAAAGAACGAAGAAGCUGCUCUGAGGGUCACAGCGCACCCUGUUGGUUCUUCAUCUGAAUUCACUACACCUCUGAGUGAUAAGUCGUCGGCAUCCUCUUCGUCUCCCUUAGGCAAAGAAAAGGAUUUCCAUCGGCACGACAGGGGCCCGAGAGUCGAGAAAGAACACACUUUCAAUUUCAGCGAGGAAGACCUCUUUGCAGUUUUGUAUGGUUAUUCCAAAGCUGACAGAGAACAGUCCGUUGGUCAUGCCAUCUCCGGGCUCAGGUUUCCCGAAAACACAGAAUCCCAGUGUCACCUCUUGGAUGGAGAAUCUCUCAAGCUUCCAGAGGGUCUGUCAGUUCUUCAGACGGCAUAUGGAGGAGUCCCACAGUACGGUGUUUUCUCCACUAUAAACAUAAUUCCAAAGGGGUUCCGGUUCGGACCGUUCCAGGGCAAGGUGGUCAACACCAGUGAAAUCAAAACAUAUGAUGACAAUACGCUCAUGUGGGAAAUUUUUGAGAAUGGUCUACUGAGCCAUUUCAUAGAUGGCAGAGGAUCGUUGGGCAAUUGGAUGUCUUUGGUGAAAUGUGCCAGAUUUCCAGAAGAACAGAACCUCGUAGCUGUCCAAAGCCAGAGUCAGAUUUUUUACGAGACGUGCAAAGAAAUUCGCCCAAAGCAGGAGCUGCUGGUCUGGUACGGCGAUUGUUACCUACAGUUUCUGGGAAUCCCGCUAACAUUAAAGGAAAUGACCGACGGAAAGAGCGCACAGCACCAAACUGAAGAUUCCGUGGAAGGUUUCAAGUGUGAGCGAUGUGGCAAGGUGUUCGCCUACAGGUAUUACAGAGAUAAGCAUUUGAAAUACACCCGCUGUGUGGACCAAGGAGACAGAAAAUUCCCCUGUAACCUGUGUACCAGAUCCUUUGAAAAGAGAGACCGACUCAGAAUUCACAUUCUGCAUGUACACGAGAAACACAGGCCACACAAAUGCUCUGUGUGUGGAAAGAGUUUCUCUCAGUCCUCAAGCCUGAACAAACACAUGCGUGUGCACUCGGGAGAACGGCCCUACAAAUGUGUUUAUUGUAACAAGGCUUUUACAGCUUCGAGUAUCCUGCGCACUCAUAUCCGACAGCACUCGGGUGAGAAGCCAUUUAAAUGCAAGCAUUGUGGCAAAGCCUUCGCCUCGCACGCAGCGCAUGACAGUCAUGUGAGGCGCACCCAUGCCAAAGACAAGCCUUGCACGUGUGAUGUUUGUGGGAAGAACUUUCUGGAACUGCAGGAGCUCAAAUACCACAUGAAGCUUCAUACAGAUAGACCACUGGUAGAUUCAUCCAUGACACCAGACUUGCACAACACAUCAACAACUACAAAUGAAUCUAUGGAUGGAGAUGAGCUUUACACCAUAAACCAAGACGGCAGGAAUGAACAAAAUGCAUGUUUAGAAGAAGAUAACUACACAUACAGAUCAAAUGCUACAAUCACAGUGCUUCACCCAGAGGGCUACAGGCCCUGGAAUUAAAUAUCAGA